UCCUGAUACAGAAACACGCCAUGCCAGUGGAGUUGUUAGAAAGUGGUGAUGAGUACAAACGUUAGUUAGCUAGUAAACAAAAAAACACAUGCACAUACAACCAGAUUAGAGCCGUAAAUGGUUGGGCGUUGACAAAAGGGAUCCGUUAACAUCUGCAAUGUUUUAUGGCUGUUUUUACGUUCAGUAUUUUGCCUCAGGGAAUAACAAGAGCUGCUAGAUUGGUAGCUACAGCUGCCUACAUAUUUAACGUUUUGCCGCUUGUUUUUACUGCUCAGACGUUACUGUUGUUGUUAAAGGGAUUGUGAUCGGAACCGUGUCUGGCGAAAACGCAAUGUCAGUGUUUUGCGCAAGAGUAACGUUGCAUCACCAGAAGAAAAGCGGGGCGACCAGAUUAUUGUGGUCUCUCCUCGGAGCCUGUCUUCUCACCGCUGUUUUGGGGUACCGACCAGUGAUCAUUGUCCAUGGACUAUUCGAUAGCUCUGGCGAUUUUGUGAACUUGCAGAGAUUUAUCAAUCAGUCUCACCCAGGCACAAAUGUGUCAGUGAUCGACCUGUUUGACAGAAGCGCCAGCCUACAGCCGCUAUGGAAACAGGUGGAGGGGUUCAAGGAGGCAAUCUAUCCCAUAAUGCAAAAUGCUGCUGACGGCGUCCAUCUCAUUUGUUACUCUCAAGGCGGACUGGUGUGCAGAGGCAUUCUGUCAACCCUCUCAGACCACAAUGUCCACUCUUUCAUUUCGCUGUCCUCACCUCAGGCUGGCCAAUAUGGAGACACGGAUUACCUGAAGUACCUCUUCCCUUCCUUUGUCAAAUCAAACCUGUUUCACUUCUGCUACACAUCUGUAGGUCAAAGAAUAUCCAUCUGCAAUUUCUGGAAUGAUCCUCAUCACAGAGAUAUGUAUAUCAACAGUAGUGACUACUUGGCAGUGCUGAACAGUGAGAGAUCGAACCCCAAUGCUACCCAGUGGAAAAACAACUUUCUUCGCAUUAAGAAGCUCGUUUUGAUUGGUGGGCCGGAUGACGGAGUCAUCACUCCGUGGGAGUCAAGUCAGUUUGGAUUUUAUGACGAAAACGAAACUGUUGUUGAAAUGAAGAAUCAGGAGGUGUACCUGCGGGACACGUUUGGCCUGAAGACUCUGCAGGCUCGCGGGGACAUGUUCCUGUGCGCCAUGGCUGGUGUCCAACAUGUCUUCUGGCACUCCAACCAAACAGUGUUCACUUCCUGCAUGGAGAAGUGGCUGACCUAAGGUGCUCGUCUUCCGCUUGGGUACCACGAGGGUUAGACACACGGCCCGAUCUGACCCAAUAUAACUCAACCCACUCACCCACCCAACCAACCAACCAACCACUCACUCUCACCCCUGUGCCUUUUCCUUCAGAGAGUGAGAUGCACACAGUCAAUGCAAGACGAGACUAGAAGACGUGGUAUAUUUUUCAGCAGAAUUUCACAUACAAAUACAGUAUAUUUGAACCUUUUUUGUUUUGUUAUGACAAACAACAACAACAAAAAAAACAUAUGUCCUCACCCUAUGUGUGGAAAAGCUCUACAGUCUACACGUUCAGUCAACUUCACAUUUCCUACUACAGUUUACUCUGUUCACGUACAUCUUUUUUACCAUUUGUAAAUGUGUGCCUACAGUAUGUGUGAUCCAUAUAGAAUAUAGAAAGAUCCAUAUAGAAAGACUUUGUCUAUGAAUCAUUGUGCCUGAGAAGACUUUUGCUGUCCCAAUGCAAGCAUGGAGUCCAAUUCGAGGUUUUACUUCAUGCACAAUCAUGUCAUGAAUAGAGUUCUUUUUUUUUAAUGAUUUUAUUUUGCUUUUGAAGCAUGUUAGCUCAUCUUGUUUGAGUGUAGACAUGUGUGCAGUAGAAAUCAUGCCUUAAGUCUUUGUGUUUGUUCAGUCAUCUGUUAGAGUUACAUUUAAACCGAAAGUGCUGCACUGCUCCUGAGUACACAUUUGGCUUCAUACUCAAAGUCUUGGGGGUGGCACAUACCUGUGCAUGAAAAUCUAGUGAACGUUUGAUUAUUCUAUACCAUUACUGCGAUCAAGUCGCGUAUGAAGACACCAGCCACUGGCAAACACACACUGACUUUUUGCCCAAAGAGUGCAACUUCUCACUGCUUGUGCCCCUGUGCCACCCCUAGUGUCCCACCCCUGAGAGACAUUAAAGUGAAAAAGAGAAUAGAACUGUAAGAAAGGGAAAGCGACAAACUCAUUAUAGGGAAAAGUGUUCUUAGGAAUUCUAGGGCAAUGCUCGAUUGAGAUUCAUCUGUACCGUUGUCUUAUGUGUCCUGUGCCGUGACAUACCUCUCAUUGAAACUAGUAGACACACACACCUCUUAUGUGUCCUGUGCCGUGACAUACCUCUCAUUGAAACUAGUAGACACACACACCCCAGGCCAGGGCGCAAGAUCCAUUUUUAUGUGGAGACGAGCCUGGCAGGAGUUGACAAGCUGUUUUAUUAUUUUAUCUUUGUAAUGCAUUUCAAUGUUGUGUGUGUGUGUGAGUGAAUGUUAGAAAGAGAAAGGGAGAGAGAGAAAGGGAGAGAGAGAGGGGAAAAAGGGACUUGAUGUAUUGAAAGGGAAAAAAGUGAAGAAGUCUGUACUUGCGCAAAAGGAUAUGGAGUGAAAAUAUCAAUUUGAAAGCUAUCCUAUAGGGUGGAAAGGAAAGAACCUUCUUGUGUAGAUAUUUUAUUAAUCAUGGCAGUAUUGUGUUUGUAUUUAAUUUAUGUACUUGUACUAUGUAAUGCUUGUUUAUUUCACUGCUUUUGAAAAAGAGGAAAGCAGUUUUAACUGACUUACAGGAUUUGAAAAAAGGAUUUUCAAUGUAGCCUACUUUGAUUGCAUAUCUUAUCUUCCUCUACUGUUUUUACUGUUCUAAUUUUAUUAUUGUUUUAAAGAUCGGUGUAAUUGGCCAGCGGUAGACAUGCAGUGCAGGGCAGGUGCACCAUCUGAACUUUGACUUUUAUUUAAAAAAAAAAAAAGAAAAGACAUUAAGUCAUUGUUCUAGAUUGGCCAAACAAACCCAUCUCUUUUACUGUUGUUAGAGGUUAUGUUAAAUCUCCCUUUUCUUGUGUUUCUCCUUAAUUUGGACAAAUGAUUCACAGACUGAUGAUUGUCCUAAUUUUAUUUUAUUUUAUUUAUGUAUUAUUAUGUCACUUAGAGCCUAGAGUGGUCCUGAAGGUCAGGUUUUUUUUUUCUCUGAUCAUAAUGGUAUGCUGCCAAUAGUCUAAAUGUGAGAGGAGGUUUGGAAAAUGUUACAAAACUUUUUCUUUCUUUUUUUAAGUUUGUAUCACUUGCUAUACCAAUGGCUAUAUAUUUUCUAGCUUGGUUUUAGUUAAUACACUCUUAGAGAAUGUGGGAUUGUCUGAAGCUAGUAGGGUCUCAUUGCCCUCUGACCGUAGAACCCAUAGAUGCCAAGGAGAACUGUUAAGGACUCUAUCCUUUUAAUAUUAUUAUCCAAAUGGAAGAAGCAUGUUUAAUGUUUUACAAAAUAUUAUGUCAACAGACGUCCUUCCAUUUAAAGUUUGAAACCUUUGAAAGAAACCUAUCCUUUUCCAGAUUGUGUUUUUCUAUUGAAAACAUUUUACCAAUGUGCUUUACAGUUUGUACUUGAAGAUAUCUAUGUCCUAAACAUGUGUUUGUAUAUUUUAAACGGAACAAUUUUUGCCCUCAGAAUGUUGUGAAUGUCUGCUCUUCUAAAUAAAAUGGCAGUUUUAA